AAUUCUCUCUUGGUCACUCAUGGGAGUUAAAGCGUUAAAAUCACGAAAUGUUUGCCAGAAAUGGAGAAAGAAAGGAAGAAAGCAGAGAAAGAAAUUUUGUGCAACAUUGAAUUUAAGCACCACAGUUUCUUCCUGCUGGCCAUGAUGACCAAAUGGCCGCAGUGUGGGGCCCUGUGUCGCAAUAAUAAUUGAUGUAGCCCCUUGUUAAAGGGGCUACACAUAGCAUAAACCAUGAAUUUGGAGACAAUUUAUAAUGAUUAACACAUUAUUUUGCUGGGAAAUAUUCAUCUUUGUAGUUCGUUUUUCAGAAGUUAUCUAUCCAGUUUUAUCGUCUACAUGUACUAAUGCCCUCUUUGAUUCUCUUCAGGUGGCUUACGUUUUUGACAAUGAGUUUACUGUGGUUUUUGCCAUUUUUAUGUCGAUUUGGGCCACCAUGUUUCUUGAGUUUUGGAAGAGGCGGCAGGCAGAGAUUGCUUACGAAUGGGAUCUAUUGGGAUAUGAGGACGAAGAGGAACAACCUCGUCCCGAGUAGGAGGCAGUAGCGAUGGAGACCCGUUUGAACCCCAUCACGAAAGUGGAAGAGCCU